GGCUAUAAUAUCUUAUUAAAAAAAAAAUUCAAAUCAAGUCAAUCCAAUCCAAAUAUCAAGUUAAUCAGAAAACUAUUUCUUACUUUUCAUGCAGAAAAAGUAGCAGUCGCGAGACAGAGUAAAGAUGUCUACCGGUCUUCGACCAUGCAAAGCUCUUGCGUUAACCCGUGUAGUUGCUGAAAUGGGCUCAUUGAUGGUUGUUCAUUUCAUACAUGAAAAUCGAGAACCGGACAAUUUGGCUGCGACUAUUCUAUUAGACAUUAAGGCUUUGAUGCUGGAGUUUGAAGAUUGCAGGUUGCAACAUAUUCUGCUUGAAGGUAAUGCUGCAGCAGAUUUCCUAGCUUCCUUGGGACAUUCUUCAUCACCAGGUUUAUGUAGUUGGGGCUCUUCACCAAAUGGUUUAAGACCCAUCCUUACAGGAGAUCAGUUGGGGGUAUGCUUCUUCCGUUAUUAGUUCCUGUCUAGACUGAGUUUACUUUAUUUUUGAUGUACCGAAAAAAAAAAAAAAACACAGUUGACACCUCACUGGAUUCACUUCCAUCUUCAAAUUGGGUUUUCUUUUAUUUUUUUACCGAAUCAUGGCCGGCAUCAUUGCAGCACAUAAUCAUAUUUUGAACUGAAACUUGUUCUGAUGAUUAAAUUUCCACUUAUUAU